CCUCUCCGCCCCUGCACGUCUGCUCCGCCCGCACGCUGGGCCUGCAAUAACGGCGCCUUCGAGUAUGUCCAGGCCGUCUCUCCGCGAACCUCGGACGCACGUCGCGUGCUCGCGCGCUAUUGCUAUACCAUAAUCCAACGCGAGACGCAUGGAAGCCCGGUGAGGCGCAAUGGUGCUCCCGACCGUGCAACUAGCCGCGGGGCUGCUCCUGCUGGUCUACCUACUGUCCUUUGUGCUCUUUGCCUUCAUCCGAGUCGUCACCGGCGUCUCCAUCCAGAGGCUGGGCGUAUCUGGGCUCCGUCGCAUAGCCUUCGCACCCAAGGAUGGCCUGCGCAUCGAGAUCCGCGGACUCGGCCUUACCCUCCACCGCCCGACCUUUGCGCAGCCAACCUGGCUCAGUGUCGUGCUCAGCGAACUCACUGUGACCGUGGACUUGAAGACAUUGGGUGACAAACCGCGGAAGAAGAGUGCGUGGGCAAAAUGGGCAAACGGUUCCGCAGAGAAGAGGAGGGACGAAAAGAAGACGCCAGACAUCGCCGUGGAUGGGGAAGACACCGAGGAUACGACCGACGAGGAAGGCCAGAGAAGUCGCACGUGGGAGCGGCUGACCAACGUCAAGGAGCACAUUAAGCGGCUGCAUCGCAAAAUCAAAUGGAUCAAGAUGGUCGACUUGGUAGCAACAACGACCACGCUGGUCAUCGCAGACGUCGGGUCGCUGCAGGUUGGCAGCUUCACCAUGGCCGUGGACACGCGCCGCAAGACGGUGGACCGAAGUCGCCUCUUCAACCACCACAAGCCAAAGCAGAACAACGAGCACCGACCCGCCGAGUGGCUCUUCACCGUCCGCAGCAUCCUCUUCACCCCCGAAGGUCGAGAGUCCGUCGAAAUCCUCGACCAAUGCACCCUCAACGUCCACGGCAUGUUGUACAAGGAGCUGGACGGCUUGCGUGAUGCAUCCAUUGCCCUAAAGCUUGGUCGCUUAAGCAUCCCAUAUGACGAAGUGAAGCUCUGUGCAGAGCGUGCCAGGAAGUGUCGUGCCGCUGCCCCUAUCAGGCACGCAAGGUCCAAUACAUCGCUUGGAGACGCUUUCCGUGAGCUUGGCCAGCCUGGAAGUCCCGAGGAAGAGAUCGUGCGUACCGUAGCCGAUUCGCGCGAAUUUGCCAGCUCCAUCCUCCGUGGUAUCCAAGAAUUCCAGUUUGCCAUAAGUCUGUUCAGCUUCACCAGGCGCAUCCAGACCGGCUCGGAUUCUGAUCCUCCUGUCUAUCUGAACGCAUCCAUGAAGGAGGUCAGCAUCGAUCUACUCCGUUUGGACCCUCGGAGCCCUGCCCACCUCAUGUACUUCUCUCCUAACGACAUUGCUCACCAAGCCCUCCUCGCCGCAAUAUCCAUUUCGGUCGGCAUUGAUAGCGGUCAAGGUCACCCUGAACGCCUUCUGUACGUCCCCAUGGCGACCAUGACCCUGAAUACUACACUCCCUUCCAAAACCAUUCAAUUCACCAAGGACAAAAAUGUGGCCGAGCGCAACACAAACAUCCUGUUCGCCAACUUAGUCAUUACAUCCCCGUCCAUCGACCUUGACCCCAAACAUCUACCAAUAUUACUUGCCAUGACUCGUACUUACGAGACGCGACGGAAACCUCCAAAAUUGCGAGAUCGAAAACGCAGCUUGGUCCGACGGCUACUACCCAAGGCUAGCAUCAAAUUAUCCAUUCACGAGCCCGUUAUUCGCGUUACUCUGCCCCCUACAGAACCGUCAAGAAAGGACAGUGAUGAAUUUGACCUUCUCAUCUCAUCAUCGUCGUCGGUCUCGCUUGACAUGGAAUCUUCGCAUGCAGCCGAUGCUGAGUUGCACUAUGGCCUCAGUUCAACGUUUCGCAUCAAUUCGCAGCGGCUCUACUACCAAACCGCUUCUAGUGAAAAACACAAUUUGUUGUUGACUGACCACGUAGAACUCAAAGUGCAGCUCAGCGCUUCACCCGAUGUUUUAGUGGUCGUCAAUGGAAAUUUGCAGACCUUUUCUGUAUUCAUCGUACGCUCAGAAAUCAGCGAGGGUCUACGCCAGAUUGUAGCUCAAGUUCAGAAAGACGUGCGGCGUAGGCGCGGUGGACCUCGAAAAAAAGGGCUGAACUUUUUGCGACGAUUGCCUUCUUGGUUGUCGCAUGUACAACUUCAAGGUUCUGACUUUAACAUCGAAAUCGCAGGCAUCGAUCCGGAAGUGUCCAAACAUGCAAGGGGGAUCGGACUGCACCUAGAAUCUUGGACUGCAGAGUACCGCCAGAGUAGGGGAGAUGAUAGCGAAGCCCGUCCCGUGCGCAGGCGGGCCGCAAGCCGGACGAUCAACCGGGAUGAGUAUCUCCUUCGACCAACAACUCCGUCCUCACCAAAGUCUCCUCGCAAACCAGCUGGUGACCCCACCGAUGGGAGACGACUUGCCGUGCACUGGCAAGGAUUCGAAGGAUUCGUACUGGAGGCCGACGAGCAAUGGGAAGCAGAUCCCUUCUUGGGUGUUCCACGGAUGGAGGUGGCUUGGAGUACGUCUACAGACAAGCAGGGACCGGUGUUUCACAUCCACUCUUUCUGCCAGAGUCUGUUCUUCCAUUAUUCGCUCUAUCGACAUUUCGCUGUGGGUGUCGCCACUAUGGUACUGAAGCACUCUUUCAAUGUUGCGUUCACUAGUCAGGAAGAGCCUGUUCCUGUUUCGCCAGGCGCUUCUCGUCACCUCGCUAUCCCAUCAAUGGACAUCGACGACCUGGAUCCCGAGACGGGACUUAAACGUGAAAUCCUUACCUUGGACAUCAAAGCGAACUUUGUUCAGUUCAAGGGCGACAUGCCGGCAGAUCCACCACUCAUGGUACACGUUUAUGGUCUCGAAGCUGGCCGACAUAGAUGGACGAAUCCAUUCUUUCGGUCACGGCUUGUGAGACUUUAUGCAGAAUGCCCGCAUGUUAAAAGAGUGUGGAGUCGGAUUGUUAGUGUUAAGUCCUUGCGGAUGGAUUAUCGCAAAUCAAAGAGAAGAUAUGGCAACACGAUCACUGAGGACAAAUCUUUCGACCUUGUUGCAGACGCAAUUCGUAUCGCGGUCCCUCAUCAGCUGGUUAUGCACAGAAUAUUCGACAACAUCGUCAAUGUUACGAAAACCAUCCAGCAACUCCACUUUCGUUUCCAGACUGGCUCCAACAGAUAUGUUCUAAACAAAGAGCCUGAAGGUCCCAAGCAUGUACCCAAAAUCUCUCUUCGAAGUAGAGCUGUUCUCUUUGAGAUUGAGGAUGGCUCCUUUGAAUGGAAACUGGGUGUCGUCUACCGAUACGGUCUCAUGGAGCAGAAACAGAGGCUAGCCCGAGAACAAGCUUUCGAACUGAAGGUGAAGAAGCUUCACCAAGAGGAAGAACGACGGGGAAAUUCUCGCCAGCGCGCCAGGUCUGCUCACACACAUAGAGGACGGAGCAAGGUGCGGAAGAAGGAGCCCGUUCUUCGUAGCAAGAGCGAAGACCUGAGCGAUCCUGAAUCUCCGGAUUCCGUGCGCAGACGUGGCUCGGAUCAUCCAAUGCGCUAUGAUAAAGAUGGCUACACUGGUCUCAGUAGCAAAGCGCGUACCAGUAUCGAAGAGGCACGCGAGAGGCUCAAUCGUCUCAAUGCUCAGACAUGGAGAAAGCGCAUAGAUCACGCUCUCACCUGCCAGACCCGUUCUAUGAACGAUAUCCGCUCCAUUUUCUGGGGUCUUGAUGAGGUUCCGGACGAUGCAUACUCAAAGGAGACUAUAAUGGCUAUCCCGCAUCGGCCUGCACUCGGAAGCCUCAUCGUCAGCGAUCUGGAUCUCACCAUUGACAAACCUUCGUUCCCUCUCUCCGAAUAUCCAAGAUUCCUACACCGGGUCGGGAAAGGCAUGCCUGUUGAUAUGCAAUACUCUCUUCUUAUCCCGAUGCAUGUGCAACUGAACAUGGGCGAGGCCAAAAUCCAGCUGCGCGACUACCCGCUCCCGUUGCUCCAUUUCCCUGCUUUGCAUCCUUUGCAGUCAUCUCGACUACCCAGUGUUUCCCUAAAGACUGACUUUGUGAUUGCGGAAGAGUUUAGAGACAUAGAGUCCACCCGAGUGUGCAAUGUAGUCGUGGUACCAGAGGAAUCCACCCCGUCGGGCGCGAAGACGGGAGGUUUCGAGGUCGAUAUCCGCCGUACAGUGGCACCAGUCAAAACAUACUCAGAUAUGAAGAUCGACAUCAACUCGUCCCAUCCAACUCGCAUCACCUGGGGCACAUCGUAUCAGCCUGCGAUUCAGGACAUGAUGCAGGUCAUUGAGAGCUUCACUAAGCCUGCGAUUGACCCUUCAGAGAGGGUCGGCUUUUGGGAUAAGAUCAGACUCACGUUCCAUUCGCGCAUCAGCGUGUCGUGGAAAGGCGACGGCGAUGUGCAUCUAAUCCUGAAAGGCUCUCGCGAUCCUUACAUGGUCACUGGACAUGGCGCAGGUUUUGUCAUGUGUUGGCAGAACGACGUACAGCUGACCCUUGCCGAAGACGAAGAUCCACGAAACUUUAUGGUUGUCAAAAGCGGUAGCUACGUCCUGGCAAUACCAGAUCUCGGCCAUUAUGCACGUCAAGAAGCCGAACUGGAACAGCCCACCACUCAUUUCGACGGAUCGUCUAGCGUCUCGAGCCACAAGCAAUUGGCGAUCUUUAAGAAGACCAUCAUGAAGCUGAAUGGCAAUGUCCGCUGGGUAGCAGGUUUGGUGUUCGAGCGAAACCUCGACGGAGGCGGUAGAUCGUUCAAGUUCAAUCCUCAUUACGACAUCGUCUUGAAGCAUCCGAAGUAUGCUCAUCCAAAAGACGGAAAGGAGUAUGAUGCGUUCCGUGGUUUCCGCAGCCAUCACAUCCAUAUGUCUAUUGCCAUCGCAGCUCCUCACGAUCGCGAGUGGUCCGUUGGCAACCUGGAACCUUCCAAGACUUACAACAGUGUUCACCUGACUCCACGUUUCUUCACACAUUUCUAUAACUGGUGGUCCAUGUUCUCAGGCGCCAUGUCUCUGCCCAUCAGACAGGGCUCGUUGUGGCCGGGCAUCGAAAAGUCAAGCAAGAAGUUUGGACGACAUUUGGCUACGAUCAAGUACAAUCUUCUACUCUCGCCUUUGUAUAUGAGCCAUGUAUACAAGCAUAAAGAUGCAGAAGAUUACGGCAGGGGUGACGUUGCUGCCACUGGGCUGAAGGCUCGCCUGGACAGUUUCAUGCUUGAUUUGCAUCAGCGACGAGAAGAAUUCAGAACCAUUGUGCAGGCACCUAAGGCGCAAGAAGACAGCAAGCAAAAUCAAACGACGGGUAUGCGGAUUAAUCAGGUCCAGCUCGACCUCAUAAGGACCGAUGUUCGUGCUGUUUCGGCAAGAAUUGGCGGCACGGGAGAAGAUGAUGUGGAAAACGCUAAUGACGAGACAAUUGCGGAUUAUAACCAAGAGAACGCGAGAGCAGAUUUGUCCAAGUUUACGAUCCCAGAUAACGAUUGGGGCUGGGUUGACAUGGACGAUUUCGUGGAAUUGGGAUGGGUUCUACCCUCGGAGCAUAACCCAGAGACGCAGAUCCUACCGUUAGCCUUUGCACCGCGCUUUACCUACUUCCGCCAGACGGACCACGCAGACAACAUAUCUGGAGAUCCUCAUCGCACGAGUCCUUUCGGAAAGGAGCCGACGCAUCACUGUGUCAUGUCCGCUCGCAACGACCCGCGGCGGGUGCAGUGUUAUCUCAUUGAGCAGCGGAUCCAGCGUGUAAAAGAGCAGACAUCACACAACGAACGCGCUAUCGGUGAUCAAGAGCUGAAAAUCAUUCGGGAGCCUGAAAAUUCGGAAGAGCUACGCCACCAGCUUACCACCUUGCAAAAUCAUUCCGAGUUCUUGAGGAGAAAGAUGAACUUCCUCCAGGCCAUGCACCAAAGCUUGAUCGAACGAUUGAAGUCAGCCGACAAGCAUGCCGUACCAAACGGAGAAGCGGAAGGAGAGGACGAAUACUACGAAGCACGCGAGGACUACGGUGCAGGUGAUGAGGGUGGUACCAAAACCUCAGAAGGCGCACAGCAUGCCGACUUUAUCAGUGACUUCAACAACCGCUUCAUCAUUCACAACGUGCAUCUGAAGUGGAACAACUCUCUUCGCAAUAUUAUUCUGCGCUACAUACACCAAGUCAGCCAGCGGCGUGGUUUUGUAUACUAUAUGUCACGACGCGCGGUCAAGUUUAUCCUAGACAUAGUGGAGGAGCAAGACAAGCUGCGAAAGUCUUCAUCCACCCCUGGGGCUGAGCACAGACCUAUGGAGCCUCAAGAAGAUGAAGAAGACACCAUCGAGAGUCAAAUUCAACAGCUGCUGAGUGACGGCAAAAAAUUCAUCGAGGCCGACAAUGCUGAGCAAGAACAAAACAAGUCAAGCGCUCCGAACAACGCUGGGGACGAUGUCUCCCUCGAUUACCUCGCUCAAAAUGCGUAUAUCGUUCGCCUAAUUGCCCCUCAAAUCCAACUUCAAAGCGAGAAGAACACCAAAGCGGCUGUUCUGGUCACAGCGAAGGGUAUGCAACUCAAGGUCAUCCAAAUCAUGGACAAAGAUCGGGUGAUGGACGACGUUUCUGGUCUGGUCCAAAGACGGUUCACAGCUUCAAUGGACAGUUUGCAGAUCUUCGUUACCAACUCGAAGAUUUUCGGAUCCGGAGAUAUCCACAUGUACUCGGGCAGCACGUAUGGAGCACCAGCCGGGACUGCUUGGCCCCCAUGGGUACCUUUCGAAGUCAUGUUCGAUUUCAAGACUCACCCGUAUGGCUUUCAGCGCGUGGUAGAGCGCACAUCUGCCAGCAUGAGACUUGACAAGUACAACCCGUUGCGCCUAAAGUAUAAUGACGACGUGUCUGGUGGCGACUCAGCUUCUAGACGAAAAAGCAUGGAGAGCCGAAUCGAUCAUAUCUGGGUCGACUUUCCCCAUAUCCGUGCUCUAUGCAAUUCACGUCAGUACUACGCCAUGUAUAUCAUCGUCAUAGACCUUCUGCUCUAUAACGAGCCGCUGGAAAAGACACGCAACGAAAGGCUUGAAAAGAUCAUGCUUGCGUCUGACUUCAGCAAUCUCAGCGGCGCGCCGGAUCUGGUCAUUGGCUUGCAGGAACGAAUUCGUCAACUCGAAGAGAUCAAGUCCGUAUUCCAGAUCAACGAGAAAUUUCUAGACAAGAAGGGUUGGAGUGAUCGCAUCGAGGUGGAGAAGGAUCUGGCUGUUUUUGAAGAUGAGCUCUUUUUCGUCAUGAAAGCGAUUACGACCGCGCAGCGAAGGUACGACGACCGUGCACAGGCCAAAGAACUGACCGGGACUCUGAGAUGGUACAUUACCGCUUCGGAGAUUGUUUGGCAUCUCUUGCAGGAGGGUCAGACCUCGCUUGCCGAGUUCCAGAUCAAGAAUGCUCUCUUCGACCGAACAGACAACAACGACGGUUCAAAUCUGAAUUCAGUUGAGAUUGAACACAUUGUCGGUCUCAACCUUAUGCCGAACGCCAUCUACCCCAAGAUGAUCUCACCCUACCUUGAAGCAAGCCGCCCGAAAACCUCAGAUGGGCAAGAUUCACUAGAGACAAAGAUGCUCAGGGUGCAUUGGGUUAUGCUCGAAGCAAUUGCUGGCAUUCCGGUCGUUGAUCACUUCGAAAUUAAUCUUUUCCCACUCAAAGUUGCGCUGGAAUGGCAAAUCGGCAAGAAACUGUUCGAAUACAUCUUCCCUGGCAUCAAGGACAAAUCUGGAGAGAACGGCAAUGGCACUUUUUCGCCCCUGCUUGUUAAGCACAUAGCUCUGGAUGACGAUGACGACGACGAUAUUGGCAACCUCUCCUCAACGGAUACGCCUACGAUGCAACUCCCCACCAAUGGUGAGGAUGUCGAGGGCCUGAAGCUACGUCUCACCCCAACUUUGCAUUUGCCCACGCACCAGCCCAAAACGGAGCAGCGCUCGUCUAAAACCCGGCCAAACCUUCACCAUCUCCGUUUGUUCCGCGAGACGCAGUCGCGGUCUGCGACUGAGAUGCGACGUACCCUUCAUCCUAGCUCCGCCAUGAGUACGCCUGGAAAUUCCUCUACCAACGUCUCUCGGCCAGGAACUGCCGUUUCACGCACAAACUCAAGCUUUUCUGUGUCGACCGCGGAAUCUGACCGUACUACUCGGCGUUUUGCUUUGCACAGAAGCGGCACUGGCGACAAGAAAGCGGGUACCCAAAAGGAACGGAACGACGACCUCACACAAAUGAUGAGCCGCGCAUCCAACUACAUGACUCUCGCAUAUGCGCGUAUACCUAGUCUGAUUCUCUGUCUCAGCUACAAGGGCAAAGGGAACCGCAACUUUGAGGAUAUCCACGACCUCGUCUUCAAGCUGCCCACGUUAGAGUACAGGAACAAAACCUGCUCCAAUCUCGAUCUCGUCUUACAAUUGAAACGGGACGUCAUCCGAGCUCUCAUAUCCCAUGCCGGCGCUAUCGUAGGCAACAAGUUCAGUCACCACCGCCCCUCAAAACACACCCAAUCCCGCCUCCGCCAAAUCGCCAACAGCAGCUCCAUCAUGAGCACUUCUCCCGAUCUCUCCGGCACGGAUUCUGCCUCCAUACGCGAUCACUCUCCUGGAGAGUCGGACUCCAACGCCAGCGGCGAGCUGCCCGGACGUCGCUCGUUUGCAUCCGGGCGUGCGCCCUCGACCUUCUCCGCGCUCUCCGAACAUUCAGAAUCCACCAGCAUGCGUUCGUCCCGCAGCAACACCCGCCCCGCCACAGAGAACGGCAGCAUACUCGGCAGUAGCUGGCACGACACCCAGGGCUUAGGCAUUGAGGUUGAGGAUGGCAGGACCUUUGCAGAUGAGCUGUCCAGAGUGGAUCAGACCGAGCCGGGACAUGCAGGUGUGAUUGGAAGUUUGAGUAGGCACGUCACACAGUUGACGCCGUUUGGGAGUCAUAGGAUGAAAGAUAGGGAGAGGGAGAGGUUGGGGAGUAGGGGUGGGGAUGGCUCGAGCGUGAAGACGGCGGAGGACGAGGACGACGCGGCUUCGCACAAGAAGAAGUCGAAACUGGGGAAGCUGCUUGGGAGGAGCAGCUGAGGAUUCGGCACUGAGUACAAGUGUAUACUGUUUCUUUUGUCUUGGAGAUAUGCCCGGGCCAAAUAGGCUGGGUUGGGACGGCCAACGUGUUGCAUUUUCAGGCGUAUUGGUCAGGCACGUGUAUGCCGACCUGGGUGUUGGUCCUAGGAUUGAUUCACUUUCACUUUUGUAUACAGCAC